CUGUGUGUUUCGUGCACAGACAUUAAACGUGGGUAUAGUAUCCUAUCUAUGUAUUGUCAUGUUCGAGAACAUGGCAAAUGGUUGAGGUUUACGUAAACAAAACGUUAACUUACUGUAACUUUGUAAUUAACAGAGCUUUGUAUAUAAUAAUAGUAAUUGUAAAUAUAAAGCAUUUAUAAAUAUGAGAUACCGUAAAUAAACAUAUAUGUAUGUGAUAUUUUGAUAUAUUCGCUAUUAAAGCUACGAAAUUGAUAUGUAUUGUCGAUGGUGAUCUACUGUGCAUUCAGACAGGAUAAUUUUAUUAAAUAAAUUACUGAUAUAUUAAUCCGUUUGACAUUUUAAUAAUAUAAAAUGGCUAAUUCCGAGGAAGAAAGUGAUAAGGAUUUAAUGUCUGGAAUCAAUAUGACUGGUUUCCUUUUUGGCAACAUUGAUGACAAUGGCCAAUUGGAAGAUGAUAUUCUUGAUCCAGAAGCUAAACAACAUUUGGCUUCGCUUAGUCGUCUUGGCUUAAGCUCGUUAAUUCGAGAAAUGAUGCCUAAUGAAAAUACCACCGAUGAAAAGGAUAAUGAACAAGAUGAUAAACUUUUAGAGGAAACAGAAACUAUAAACGAGAAGGAUACAAAUUAUGUCGAAAAGUCACCCAGUGCUCUUGAUUUCUCUGAUAUAAAUGAAUUAGCAGAUGAUCUAAAUGAGGAAAAUAAUAAGCAAGAUACAUUUGAACGAAGAAGUGAAAAAGAAAAUGAUUAUGAUGCUGAUGACGAAGAAGUUAUUAACAAAUCUGAUACACAAUUAAUGCCUCCUCCUCCAGUACCAGAAGAAAAGGAAGCACUUACAGCAGAAGAGGCGGAAGCUGCACGGCAAAGGAAAUUAGAAACACCUCUUGCAUCUAUGCUGCCAUCAAAAUAUUCUAAUGUUGAUGUUGCUGAAUUAUUUCCUGACUUUCGUGCUAAUAAAGUAUUAAGAUUUUCAAGACUAUUUGGUCCAGGGAAGCCUAGCAGUCUUCCACAAAUAUGGAGGGGUGUUAAGAAACGGCGGAAAAAAAAACGUCAUCACGAUGUUAGAGACUCGGAUUCUGGUUCUGAUCAAGAUGAGAAAAAACCAAAAUUUAAGGGUUGGGUAAUGAAUUAUGGUCCAGAUCCAACUCCAGAUGUGUGUUGUUCUGAUGAUGAAAAUAAGUUACUGUUACCAGUAGAAGACAAAGAACAAACUGGUAAAACAGGUGAAACCGGAGAAAAUGGAGAUAUGGGACCAAAAGUAGCAGAUUGGCGGUUCGGACCUGCACAGCUUUGGUAUGACAUGCUUCAAGUGCCAGAAACUGGAGAUGGUUUUAAUUAUGGAUUUAAGCUGACAGACAAGACAGAGGAGCAGAAUGAUAAAGAUAGAGAUGAAGAAUUUUCUGAUGAUGCAUUUUUAAUGGUGUCACAAUUACAUUGGGAAGAUGAUGUCAUCUGGAAUGGUGAUGACAUAAAACACAAAGUGUUACAGAAACUGAAUAGUAAAAAUAAUGCAGCUGGCUGGGUACCAUCUAGUGGAAAUAGAACUGCUCAAGCAUUUAGUCAACCAGGAAAAGGUGCACCAGUUCCAGUUGCUGCAAACGUUCGAUUAGCUACUUCACAAAUUACCACACCUUUACACAUGCAGAGUCAGAAAAAUAAAAUGAAUAUAAAUAAGGGAAAUCAACAACAGACACGGGAAGAAAAUUAUGAUGAUACUUGGUAUUCUAUUUUUCCUGUAGAAAACGAAGAAUUGGUAUAUGGACUUUGGGAAGAGGAAGUAAUUUGGGAUCCCGAAAACAUGAGAAAGAUACCAAAGCCUAAAAUUCUUACGUUAGAUCCAAACGACGAAAAUAUUGUUCUUGGUAUUCCUGACGACAUAGACCCUGCACUGCUUCAUAAAGAUAAUGGCCCUCAACCAAAAGUAAAGAUACCACAUCCACAUGUUAAAAAAAGCAAAUUGUUACUUGGGAAAGCUGGAGUGAUUAAUGUCUUGGAAGAAGAUACGCCGCCUCCACCGCCAAAAUCACCAGACAGAGAUCCAUUCAAUAUUUCGAAUGAUACAUAUUAUAUGCCACGGUCAUCAGAAACAACAUUACGAUUGAAGGUUGGAGGUGGAAACUUAAUACAGCAUAGUACACCUGUGGUAGAAUUGCGUGUUCCAUUUGUACAAACUCAUAUGGGACAAAUGCGACUUCGAAACUUCCAUAGACCACCUUUAAGAAGAUUUAGUCAUGGUCCACUUGCACAUCCUGGACCUCAUUCCGUUUUGCCUUUGGUGAAACACAUCAAGAAGAAAGCUAAACAAAGAGAGCAAGAAAGAAUUGCAUCUGGUGGAGGUGAUGUCUUCUUUAUGAGAACACCUGAAGAUUUAAGUGGUAAAGAUGGUGAAGUGGUACUCAUUGAAUUCUCUGAAGAACAUCCACCUUUAAUGAAUCAAGUAGGCAUGUGCUCUAAAGUGAAAAAUUAUUAUAAAAGAAAGGCGGGUAAAGAUCAAGGACCACAGAAGUAUAAAUAUGGUGAAACUGCAUAUGCGCAUACCAGUCCAUUCCUUGGAAUUUUAACACCUGGUCAAAGUAUACAAGCAAUUGAAAAUAACAUGUACAGAGCACCAAUCUAUGAACAUAAAAUUCCAGAGACAGAUUUCUUAGUCAUCAGAACAAGGCAACAAUAUUAUAUUAGAGAAGUGGAUGCUUUAUUUGUAGCUGGACAAGAAUGCCCACUGUAUGAAGUACCCGGUCCUAAUUCUAAAAGAGCCAACAACUUCGUUAGGGAUUUUUUACAAGUAUUCAUAUACAGAUUAUUUUGGAAAUCUCGAGAUACUCCUCGACGUAUUAGAAUGGAUGACAUUAAAAAGGCAUUUCCUUCGCAUAGUGAAAGUAGUAUUAGAAAACGCUUGAAACUAUGCGCAGAUUUCAAGAGAACCGGAAUGGAUUCCAAUUGGUGGGUCAUAAAGCCAGACUUUAGGUUACCAACAGAGGAAGAAAUAAGAGCAAUGGUAUCUCCGGAACAGUGUUGCGCUUAUUUCAGUAUGAUUGCCGCAGAACAAAGAUUGAAAGAUGCAGGUUAUGGUGAAAAAUUCUUGUUUACUCCACAAGAUGAUGAUGAUGAAGAAAUGCAAUUAAAAAUGGAUGAUGAAGUAAAAGUUGCACCUUGGAAUACAACUCGAGCAUACAUUCAGGCUAUGAAAGGCAAGUGCUUGUUGCAACUAGCAGGACCAGCAGAUCCAACAGGAUGCGGUGAAGGAUUUUCUUAUGUCAGAGUACCAAAUAAACCAACAAUAAGCAAGGAGGAACAAGAAGCGCAACCAAAGAGGACCGUUACUGGAACGGAUGCAGAUUUAAGGAGACUAUCUUUAAAUAACGCAAAAGCGUUACUUCGUAAAUUUGGUGUUCCCGAAGAAGAAAUUAAAAAGUUAUCACGAUGGGAAGUUAUAGAUGUGGUUAGAACGUUAUCCACUGAAAAAGCCAAGGCUGGGGAAGAAGGUAUGACUAAAUUCUCACGAGGAAAUCGAUUUUCUAUUGCCGAACAUCAAGAAAGAUAUAAGGAGGAAUGUCAAAGAAUAUUUGAUUUACAAAAUCGUGUACUAUCAUCAAAUGAGGUGUUAAGUACAGACGAGGGUGAGAGCUCGGAAGAAGAUAGUUCCGAUAUAGAAGAAAUGGGUAAGAACAUAGAAAACAUGCUUUCUAAUAAAAAAACUAGUACUCAGUUGUCUCUCGAACGAGAAGAGCAACAGCGACACGAGUUACGAAAAAUGUUGAUGGGCGAAGUUCAAGAACAAGACAAAAAGGGUAAGGAAAAGAAGAAAGAUGAUGAGGAAGAUAGUCCUGUGAAUAACUUCAAUGCACAACAGGGUAGGGUUCUUAAGAUUUAUCGAACAUUUAGAAAUCCAGAAGGAAAAGAAUUUACAAGGGUAGAACUGGUUAGAAAACCGGCAGUGAUAGAUACAUAUAUAAAAAUUAGGAACUCAAAGGAUGAAGCAUUUAUCAAACAGUUCGCGACUCUAGACGAGGCGCAGAAAGAAGAAAUGAAGAGAGAGAAAAGAAGAAUUCAAGAACAAUUACGUAGAAUUAAACGGAAUCAAGAAAGAGAACGGAUGCUGGGUGGUUCUCUGACAGGAAAUAACUUGUCAUCAAAUAACAUAUUCGACCGUAGUAAUACCAAUACCCCGACCACCACAUCAUCCAGCAGUAUCCUUCCAUUCUGUAACUCUUUCCAAUCCACAUCUCCUGCUUCUAAACAUCCUAAACCUGAAAUUUCUCCUUCCAAACGUAAGAAACCUAAACUUAAACCAGAUCUUAAAUUGAAAUGCGGUGCUUGUGGUAAUGUAGGUCAUAUGCGUACAAAUAAAGCCUGUCCAUUGUACCAGAACAGUAUAACUACAGCACCGGUAAAUGUUGCAAUGACUGAAGAACAAGAAGAAGAAAUUGAAAAGCAGCUUAACACAGAUGACCAAGACCUUGUUAAUGUAGAUGGAACUAAAGUAAAAUUGUCGUCUAAAUUAAUUAAGCAUGCUGAAGAAAUGAAGAGACGCACAUUAUUAUUAAAAGUACCUAAAGAAGCUGUAAACUCUAAGAAACGAAGAAGAACAACUGGAGAUGAUCACUGUGAUUAUCUUAAGCGACAACAAAGGCCUGCUAAUAGACGUAGAACUGAUCCUGUUGUUGUUAUGUCUACAAUGCUAGAAAGCAUUCUAAAUGAAAUGCGAGAUUUACCUGAUGUUCAGCCUUUCUUGUUUCCUGUUAAUGCUAAAGCUGUUCCUGAUUACUAUAAGAUUAUUCAAAGACCUAUGGAUUUACAAACUAUACGUGAAAAUUUAAGGUUGAAAAAGUAUCAAAGUCGAGAAGAGUUUUUGGCCGAUGUCAAUCAAAUCGUAGAAAACUCAACAUUGUAUAAUGGAGCAAAAAGUUCAUUAACUGUGGCUGCUAAACGUAUGUUGGAAACUUGUGUAGAAAGACUUGGCGAAAAAGAGGAUCGUCUAAUGAGAUUAGAGAAAGCUAUUAAUCCCCUUCUUGAUGACAAUGAUCAAGUUGCUUUAACGUUUAUUUUGGAUAAUGUUGUUAAUAAUAAACUGAAAUCUAUGACAGAAGCUUGGCCAUUCUUGAAACCGGUAAAUAAAAAGUUGGUAAAGGAUUAUUAUACUGUAAUAAAAAGACCCAUGGAUUUAGAAACUAUAUCGAAAAAAGUGUCUGCACACAAAUAUCAUAAUCGACAUGAGUUUCUCAGAGAUAUUGAACAGAUCUUGGAAAAUUGUACAAUAUAUAAUGGAAAAGAGUCUGUGUAUACAAAUAAAGCUGAGAUGCUUGUAAAAGUUUGUAAAGAAACUUUAGAUGAGUACGAUGAACACUUGACACAAUUAGAAAAUAAUAUAUUAUUAGUUCAAAAACGUGCAAUGGAACAAGCAGACAUAGAUCCUUCUUGGCUUGGUGCCGACGAAGAGAAUUAUACUAUUGUGGAGCCGGAAUUCAGAGGGAGUCAAACAAGUUCUCCAGAGAAUCCGUUUGGAAAAUCGAAUAUAGAGGACUUCGAUUUUGUAGAUGUAGAAGGAGAUUUAGAAGGUGAUGGUAGCAGAAGUGUAAAUUCCAAGAAAAAAGAUGUUCUCGAAGAGGAUUUGCAAUUCUCCAGUGAAGAUGAAUUCGAUGAAGUUCCAUUUGGUACAGAUGAACAAUCUGAACAUGCGGAAAUGGAAACGCUUGAACUGAAUGAAGUACGCGAAGGCGGAGUAGUACUAGCAGACGAUGAUAGUCAACAAGCGGCGGAAGCAAUGGUACAAUUGGGUAAUGUCGGUUUUUAUAUGGCGGACCAACAAUUGCUUCAACAAGAUGAAAGCAUGGAUGUCGAUCCAAAUUACGACCCUUCGGACUUCUUACUGGCUGGUUUACCAGCUAGAGAUGAAAAAAGUGAAAAUAAAAUUCAAGAUGAUCUGGCUGUAUCAGAAAGUGAUGAUGAGGCAGAAAACAGUACACAGCAAAAACAAAAAACACAACAAUUGUCACAACCAGAAGAAGACGUAGGUGGUGACUUGUGGUUCUAAGGAGGUUGUUAUUCGUUUUAAGCAAUAAUCUUGUUACUUUAUUUCUAAAAUCAAAAGAUUUAUAUAUAUACAUAUAUAUAUAUAAAUAUUACAAAAUGUAAUGAAAAAAGAUAUAUUUAUUUCUCAUAAGGAUAAUUGAAUUUCAAUAUUUGAAAUUAUGUGAUGUAUGAUUUUAUUUUGUAAAAAAUAGGAAAAUAAUGUAGGUUUUUCAAUGCAUAUCUGUAAAUGUUAUGGAUACACACAUGUAAAUACAUA